AAGAGACAACAUUUCUCAAGGCUGUCUCAUCAACCUGAGAGUUUGAACCUGUCUGGGCACCCUCCCCACUGGCCCAGGUCCCUCCACCAGGCUCCUCACAGCACUCAUGGCAGGUGGCACUGGGAGAGAGGAGGAAGAGAGGGGGGAGCGCCUGGAGGCUCCAUUCUCUGGUAAGUUUGUCGCAUGGUAUUUCCCACACCUUCACAACAAGCCUGUGCAGUGGGCGCCUUUAUUCUUUUUCACAAUGAGGAAACUGAGUCUCAGGUUGAGAAGUCGCCCAAGUGCCCACGGGCACCACCGUGGAAUUCAGUACUGGCUCCAGGCAGAGCCCAAACUCCCAACCGGCAGACGACACAAUACACAAUGGCAGGUGGAUGGAUGGAUGGAUGGACGGACGAAGGAUGGAAGGAUACGCAGAUAAACGCUGGGUGGAUGGAUGAGUGAAUGAGGGAGAAGCAAGCACCGAGGGUCUUAAAAGAAGAGAGAGCAACCUGUGUCCACAGAAGCAGUCAGCAAGGCUCUAUGACAGUGGCAGAGCUGAAACUAAGAACAUCACCUUCUUCUAGGGCUUGAAAAACCGUAUUUGGUCACCUGGUGAUAAGUAUUUCACCAGGAACAGUGCAUUGCCAAAUCCGCAGGGCUUGCCGGGGGGUGGCAAAGGAAAAGACCGCGUGGCAGGGAUGCUGAGACGCUCUGUGUAGCAGGCAGAGGGCUGGGGGGCGGGUGGGAGAUGGAAGUGCUGGCCCUUUAAUGGCCAAGCCCAGGGCUCUGGAUUCCGAUGGCAGUUGAGGAGGGAGGGUUGCAGAAGAAGAGGGACACAGGGCUUCCAGGAACUGUUCGCCAGCUUUCCAGACUAGACGGCCCGCCUCUGCUGGGCCACCAUUUUCCAGGGAGUCGCUGUCACUGCCUAGAGACCCCCAAGGCUCCCGCCAGCCCAGGUGCUGCCCAGCUGGGCCCAGAAAUGGGACGUCAGGCCUCCGAAAGGAGCACAGUGGAAGCCAGGGCGUCCCCGAGCCGCUGCUGUGACGGCCAGUGAGCAGCGGAGGAUGUCCACCACCGCGACGGUCGCCCCCACGGGGAUCCCGGCGGCCCCGGGCCCUGUGAACCCGCCCCCGCCGGAGGUCUCCAACCCCACCAAGCCGGGCCGCAAGACCAACCAGCUACAGUACAUGCAGAAUGUAGUGGUGAAGACGCUCUGGAAGCACCAGUUCGCCUGGCCCUUCUACCAGCCCGUGGACGCCAUCAAGCUCAACCUGCCUGAUUAUCAUAAGAUAAUAAAGAACCCGAUGGACAUGGGGACUAUCAAGAAGAGACUAGAAAACAGUUAUUACUGGAGUGCGAGCGAGUGUAUGCAGGACUUCAACACCAUGUUCACAAACUGUUACAUUUAUAACAAGCCCACAGAUGACAUAGUGCUAAUGGCCCAAGCCUUAGAGAAAAUUUUUCUGCAGAAAGUGGCCCAGAUGCCCCAGGAGGAAGUUGAAUUAUUACCCCCUGCUCCGAAGGGCAAAGGCCGGAAGCCGGCUGGCGGAACCCAGAGUGCAGGUACGCAGCAAGUGGCGGCCGUGUCCUCUGUCACCCCAGCAGCCCCCUUUCAGAGCGUCCCCCCCACCGUCUCCCAGACGCCCGUCAUUGCCGCCACCCCUGUGCCAACCAUUACUGCAAACAUCACGUCGGUCCCCGUCCCCCCGGCCGCCGCCCCACCUCCUCCCUCGACGCCCAUCAUCCCCGUGGUCCCUCCCACACCGCCUGUCGUCAAGAAAAAGGGGGUGAAGCGGAAAGCAGACACCACGACGCCCACGACGUCGGCCAUCACCGCGAGCCGGAGCGAGUCGCCCCCGCCGCUGUCAGACCCCAAGCAGGCCAAGGUGGUGGCGCGGCGAGAGAGCGGGGGCCGCCCCAUCAAGCCGCCCAAGAAGGACCUGGAGGACGGCGAGGUGCCCCAGCACGCGGGCAAGAAGGGCAAGCUGUCGGAGCACUUGCGGCAUUGUGACAGCAUCCUCAAGGAGAUGCUGUCCAAGAAGCACGCGGCCUACGCCUGGCCCUUCUACAAGCCGGUGGACGCCGAGGCCCUGGAGCUGCACGACUACCACGACAUCAUCAAGCACCCGAUGGACCUCAGCACCGUCAAGAAGAAGAUGGACAGCCGCGAGUACCCAGACGCGCAGGGUUUCGCAGCUGACAUCCGGUUAAUGUUCUCCAAUUGCUACAAAUACAACCCCCCGGACCACGAGGUGGUGGCCAUGGCCAGGAAGCUCCAGGACGUGUUUGAGAUGCGGUUCGCCAAGAUGCCGGACGAGCCCGCGGAGGCACCGGCGCUGCCCGCCCCCGCGGCCCCCGUGCUGAGCAAGGGCGCCGAGAGCAGCCGCAGCAGCGAGGAGAGCUCCUCGGACUCGGGCAGCUCGGACUCGGAGGAGGAGAGGGCCACCAGGCUGGCGGAGCUGCAGGAGCAGCUGAAGGCCGUGCACGAGCAGCUGGCCGCCCUGUCGCAGGCCCCAGUGAAUAAGCCAAAGAGGAAGAAGGAGAAGAAGGAGAAGGAGAAGAAGAAGAAGGACAAGGACAAGGACAAGGACAAGGAGAGGCACAAGGCGAAGUCCGAGGACGACAAGAAGGCCAAGGUGGCCCCACCUGCCAAGCAGGCCCAACCGAAGAAGCCUCCCGCCAAGAAGGCCAGCAGCACGGCCACGGCCAGCAGGCAGCCCAAGAAGGGCGGCAAGCAGGCGUCGGCCUCCUACGACUCGGAGGAGGAGGAAGAGGGCUUGCCCAUGAGCUACGACGAGAAGCGCCAGCUCAGCCUGGACAUCAACCGGCUGCCCGGGGAGAAGCUGGGCCGGGUGGUGCACAUCAUCCAGUCCCGGGAGCCCUCGCUCAGGGACUCCAACCCUGACGAGAUAGAGAUUGACUUUGAGACUCUGAAACCCACCACGUUGCGGGAACUAGAGAGAUACGUCAAGUCUUGUUUACAGAAAAAGCAAAGGAAGCCAUUCUCCACAAGCGGGAAGAAGCAGGCGGCCAAGUCGAAGGAGGAGUUAGCUCAGGAAAAGAAGAAGGAGUUAGAGAGGCGGCUGCAGGAUGUCAGCGGACAGCUGAACAACAAGAAGCCUGCCAAGAAAGAGAAAGCGGGCUCCGCGCCCUCGGGAGGGCCGUCCCGGCUCAGCAGCAGCAGCUCGUCCGCGUCCGGGAGCAGCAGUUCCAGCGGAUCCAGCUCCGACAGCAGCGACUCGGAAUGAGCUCUGGACUCCCAGAACGGCACAAAACCAGCAACGUCGCACACGCCCCAACUCUGCAGUGUUCCCUUCGUUCCCUUCUAUGGUUAAUAUACUACUUUCGUUCCAUGGUGUGCGGGCUUUCUUCUUAACUCAGUGUUAUGGUAGCUUCCAGUUUUUGCUUUAAUAGGUCAGAGACCUUUCUCGUGGGUACGUGAGGCUUUAUGAGACGGUGCGACUCUGCAUAAAGUCUUUGUAACCGAACUCGGUUGCUUGGAGACGGUAACUUCGAACGCUGACCCGGCGGCCGUAGAAAAAACAUGCCAGAUGCGGUCUGAGGUUUCUCGCGAAACCCCUCUCUUACGCCCCACCUGGUCUCUAGCUCCGGAACGCAUUGUUGCAAAGGAAGUUUCUCUGGAUGGUACUGUGUGGAAAGCGGUCAGCUUGGCAAACAGGCGCUGUCUUUGUCCUUUGGGCCCCGAGCUCAGCCUCGCGGCUGGGGGUCGCCUCUUUCUGGGGGCGCGGAGAACAGCCAGCCUGGCGCGGGCUUCGGGGGCCCCGUCCAGCUCCAGGCAGGGCUUCUGCAGGGGCGGGGAGAGAGGCAGGCGGGCGCGGAGAGGAGGGGUGUCCGGGGCUCCCGGAAGGGAACACGGGGGCUGCGUGUGCAGUUCAUAGGUUUCCAUACACUGAAACUUUUACCUCAACUUAAGAAAAAAAAAAAAUAAUAAUAACAAAAAACAAAACAAAAAAAAGAUUAAAAAGACAAAAAAUAAAUAAAAAAAUAAAAGGAGACCUUUUUGUAAGGUUCAGCAGUUUUCUACGAAAGCCCAGCCCGACGUGUGUCCCCAACCUAUUAGCUGCCGCACACCCUGGAACCGUUUCCCCAACUUCAUGUAUAUAUGAAUACUUUAUUUAUUAACAUCAUUGGUCAUUUUUUUAAAAAAAAAGAAAAGAAAAACAAAACUGCAAAAGAAAUGCAUUAAAAAAAAAAAAUAUCGCAGAAGUGCAGGCCUCGUCAGUGGUUGGCAGGAGAACCCCGGACUCCGGCCUGCAGGUGCUCGUGCCCCACCGCCCGCGCCGGCCCCCCUCCCGGCUCCGCUGGGGUUCCGUGUCUGUUGUUCGUGUGUGUGUGUGUGUGUGUGUGUGUGUGUGUGUGUGAGAGAGAGAGAGAGAGAGAGAGAGAGACGUUUGCAGACGUACAGACAAGUUCCAGCUACAGCACACCCCCAGUUUUUAUUAUUUUGUUGAGUUCUUUUGUAUUCGCCUCUGGUCUCUAGGACUGUUUUAAAAGAAAUCAAUUUAGGGAACCCCAGUUAUAUAAUAUAAACUUUGUAAUCUGAGAGAAAAAAAAUGUAUAGUAAAUCUAAGUCUUGAUUUUUAACUUUCUAUUGUAAAAAAAAAAUAAUAAUAAUAAUAUACAGAGUUUAACAGAAGGUUAUGUUUUGGUUUUGUUUCUUCCAGAGGCCGCCCUGCGGCCUUUGAGUACAGGGACGCCCCGCCCCACACUGCCUGCCUGAGCUCUGAGCGUGUGGCUUAGGCCAAGAGUGCCGGGGUCAGCCGUCCGGGUCCCCAGACGGGGCACCCCUCACCUCCCAGCCCCCGGGGCAGGGGCAGCAGCAGCGGCCCCCCGCUGCCGCCUUUCAGCCCACCCCCGGGCUCGCCCUGGCUGGGCUUCUCUCUCCAGGGGUGAAAGACCCCCAACUCCCCGGCCGCAGGAGGGUCCGCUCCCCAAGACCACACAGGGCAUUUUCCCAUUAGCACAGAAAUGACUGACACAGGGCAUUCUCCCAGGCCUCCCUGUGAGGACUUCCUGGAGGCGGGUGCUUGGGGGCGGAGCUGCGGGUGGCCUGGCCUUUGGUCUGGUGGCACGUUUCCAGGCAGACGAGGGGACUAGUCCUCAGUAUCCUAAUAGGGGGGCAGUUUUUUUAAAUCAUAAAAUGCAUUCAGAUUCCACCGGCCCUUACGGUCACGGAUGCCCUCGGUGGAUGUGGAACUCUGACUGAUGGGGCAGUGGAUGGGUUACCAUUUUUCUUACUGCUGGUGAUUCUGACGCUAGGUGAGUUUUGAGCCAGUUAAACUUUUAAUCACGUUUUGUUUAUAAUCAAAAUAUAUGUGGAUUUUAAACUUGCCAUUUUUUAAAGUUACCCUUGUUUUUCAAAGGUGUUUUCUAAGCAGAUCUUUAAUGGAAUAUUUAAACUAGGACUUUAAGGAAUUAAUACAGGACACGAUGGAUGGGUCUUAAAGCAGGAUCUCUCUGGCAACGCACGGCGAGCGCACCUCCGGGUGACGAACGGACCCUGAACAGAGGGUGCCGGGAGUUGCACGGGGCCGAGGGGGGCUCCCGGGGAGCACCUGUCCAGCCGCAGAGGUGGCGAGGGGCCUGUGUGAGCCGGUAGGUCGGGGAGCCCGCGCUCCUCACACAGCGGACGCGUUUCCGAGCCCUUCGGUACCCGCCGGCUCUGCAGGAGACCGGGUUCUGGAACACCUCUGCCCCUCUCGCCCCGGGAAGAGGCUGCCGGCCGCGAUGGCGCGCAGGGCUGCUGUCCAUCCGGAACAGUCGUAGGCUGUCGGUGCUGCGGUUUUCUAAGGCUUUCUGUGCAGACUUCAAAGCUGGUUUCUCUUUAGAGUUUGGGGGAACGUCCUCGGCCCCCUCGAGGUCAGCCUGCGGUGGCUGCCGUCUCUCCACGUCUCUGUGCUGGGGAGGCUGCAGCGGGACGACGGGCAGGGCCGUCCCGGCGCCGAGGACCCGAGGGCAGCUCCUCACGGCCUCUUCUCGAGCGGGAGGGACCCGUGCGCUUAGGAGGUUGGCCUCACGUGAGCCCCGGAGGCCGAGAGGGCAGAGACCCUUGCUCCUGCCGGGCGGCCGGCGUCCUCUUGCUUACAAACUGUAAGAUAUGUUUUCCUUUUGUUUGUUUUUGUUCUGCCACACCCACGUCUGUGACAGCCCUCUGGGAGAAACACCGCCCAGAGAAGGGACGCGUUCCACCCGCUGUAGCCUGUGCCUCGAUGCUGGCGUAACGCGUCCAGGAAGUUUUUCUUUUUUAUAUUUAAAAUGUUACUUUUCUGUAUGAUGUGCAUGCAAGUUUACCGUAACUUUUCUUAAACUUUUUAGUGCCGUUUCUAGUAUAUUCCUGUAAAUGUCAGUUACUGAAAAUGAGUCCAAUGUAAGUAGUUUUAGCUUGUUUAUUGCAGUGCUGGCCUCAACACAACAGAAUAAAAAUGGUAGAAAGUA